CAUUUUCUUGUUACAUCAAUAGCGCUAUCCACCAGUCUGGUCGGCAUUGACGUUAAUCAUUCAUUCUCACCGAUCCAAUUCUUUUUGAAACGGAUUCCUGAACACCCUUUUCUUUCUUUCUCCAUAUCGACCACGAAGUCAUAUUUAAGCUUUGCUCGUCCUGUAUUUAAAAUCAACUCUACAAAAAUUCCAACACGUGUCGAUACAAUUCCAUACAAUUUGUAAUUUAGUCAAACUCUCCACAAGAAUCAGACGAACAUACCCGCUUAGACGCAUUUAUCCAAGAACUAAACCCCCUUAGCUCAUCUAGGACCACAAGACAAGAUGUCGGCCUGGUAUAGCAACCUUGUCGGUGCGACAACUUCGAAAAUCUCCAAUCUUCAACGAACGUUCCUUAGCAGCGAAGCCGACGGCGAUACUGAGGACGACACACACGUGUGCAGAGUCCUCCGAUCUUACUACACCGAGAAAGGCAAGCCGUUUCCUUCAUGGCUACCACCCGACCCUAAAGCGCCUCCUCCAGUUGCUGCAGUAUACGCGCAGCCGUCGCAAGUCGGUUCGAGAUACGGUGGUCUUACUCAGCAACCCCAAGGUGGCUUAAGUUCGCUUUGGGACAACAAUCCAGUAUCGCAACCGCAAGAUGCACAAAGUCUAAGGAGAGGCAGGGGCGCGCCGCCUAGUAUACGAAACAACGACCCUAGGAACAGCCCGUUCCGUAAUUCGGACCCUAUGGCCGGACGGGAAGAGGUAUCUGCAAGACCGUUGCCUAGCCAAAGAGCCGGAAGCUACCAGACUGCCGGGACAGCACCGCCCACCACUUCGUCUGGUGGCUCUGCACAGGAUAGGCUGAAACAGCGAUUGUUCGGUGGCUCGAGGACAACAAGUCCUGCAGGAACUGGACCCUUUCAACCUCCACCGCAGAACAACUCUAGAGGCAACAACAACAACUACGGAAGUGGAGAUUACGAAGAUAGGUUUGCACCUGGGGGUAUGUACGAUGGAGGUUCUAGGGGAGGUGGUCCUCCAUAUGACUCGGGAUCGGGAAGUGGAGGCAGACCCGGGGGCAGGCGGCUAGGAGGCCUACCGAGCGGGCCUAAGAUGAGAUGAGGCUGUUGACAGAUCGACGGAACUGUAUGUAAGACGCUUCCGUUUGGUUGCGCUGUCCUGGGAUCUUGAAAUUUGGAAUUAGGAAUCGAGACAGGGGAUGGGGAUGAGGCUAUAUCGGACGCCAAGCUGCGGGAGGCAGGGCGCGGAUCCUGAUAUGAUCACGGCGCUCUGUGACUACUUAUAACUGCGCCUCAGUCUCCUCGGACUAUGUCCACCUUAUCUGUCUGAUUUAUGGCGAGCUAGUAAAUACCCACGAAGUUGAAAUUGUUAUGUUAUGGAAAGGGAUAGAAGAGAUCCUAGAUCGCAUCGGCUGUUGGUUACUACAUCAAGACUAAAUCUGCGAGGAAGGAUGAGAGCGGCACAGAAACAUUUGGAUUAUAGAAGUGUUACGAUUUUGCCUCCUAGUUUAGGUAGCGAAGAGAUAAUAAUGUUGUUGCCUACUCGGACACAUCUCCAC